UAGGAUUAGCCUUCCUGGUUUUCCUCUUUAUUAAUUGCUGAAUUAGUUCUUCCUCCCAAGAAGAUAAAAAAACUUAUUGUAGACGCGGAAACUGUUACCACAGGUAACCAGGUUCCAGUAGGAGUACGCAUAAAAGCUGUAUAUAUAUAUAUACAUAUAUAGGAUCAAAGAUAGUGACGAGCAGGCAGGAAGCGUGCGAAAAAGGUUGACGGGUGUUCUUCCCUUCGACUAUGAUUGUAGAACGGUGGCGGCGGCAGCGGCAGCGAGCCGGUUACGGGGAUGCUGAGGGAAUGCGAGGAUACCGCGAGAUGACGUUCUCCAUCGCGCUCGUCGUUCACUGACGCGAUCCCGACCGGAUAACGAAGAUGAUUGGCAGGAUGCUGCCGCGUGGGCUGCCGCUGAUCGUCCUGUUCUUCGUGCAGCUGCGUCAUCGUGUCAUCUGGGCUUCUUUAGAGAGCGCCGAGAUGUCCGAUAGAUUGGAGAACGUUACGCAGACAAUUUCAAGGAUACUCGACGGCUAUGAUAUUCGAUUAAGGCCGAACUUUGGCGGCGAUCCAUUACGAGUUGGGAUGGAUCUCACCAUUGCGAGUUUCGAUGCGAUUUCAGAAGUCAAUAUGGAUUAUACGAUAACGAUGUACUUAAAUCAAUAUUGGAAGGACGAGAGACUCGCCUUUUCGCACGAGGGUGAAGUCUUGACGUUAAGUGGCGAUUUCGCGGAAAAGAUUUGGGUCCCGGACACGUUUUUUGCCAAUGAUAAAAAUAGCUUUCUGCACGACGUCACUGAGCGCAACAAACUCAUUAGAUUAUCUGGUGACGGCUCGAUCACAUACGGCAUGAGAUUCACAACGACCCUGGCCUGCAUGAUGGACUUGCAUUACUAUCCCCUCGAUUCACAAAAUUGUACAGUUGAAAUCGAAAGCUAUGGAUACACGGUGCUCGAUGUACUAAUGUACUGGAAAGAAACUCCUGUUCAUGGGGUCAAGGAGGCGGAAUUGCCACAAUUUACGAUUCUCGGCUAUAAAACCAACGAUCGAAAGGAGAAGCUGGCGACAGGCAUCUAUCAGAGGCUCUCGUUAAGCUUCAAACUUCAGAGAAACAUCGGAUAUUUUGUUUUUCAAACAUACCUGCCGAGUAUACUAAUCGUGAUGCUUAGCUGGGUCAGUUUCUGGAUUAAUUAUGAAGCUACCAGUGCGAGAGUAGCUCUCGGCAUCACGACCGUACUGACGAUGACAACCAUAUCGACAGGUGUUAGAAGCUCACUGCCACGGAUCAGUUACGUGAAAGCCAUUGACAUCUACCUGGUGAUGUGCUUCGUUUUCGUGUUCGCGGCCUUGCUGGAAUACGCGGCGGUCAAUUACACGUAUUGGGGCGCCAGAGCGAAGAAGAAGACCAAGAAGAAAGAAACCGACGAAAAGAAAAUACUAUCUUCUAAGACAGGGAGCAAAGCCAGUUCGCCUUUUCCUGGCUCCACGGAUGCGGAUAUUAUAGAACUUCAGGACCUCAGAAUGUCACCUCUGCCGAGCAUUAGAAAUAGGUCAGGCAUAGUCAGUGCUUCAUCGACAUUGGGAGCUGGAAGGGACCAUGACCCGGCCAAGUUUCCGCCGAGUUUUCGUAUGUCCAGGACUGCCGCUUACAACACGCACAGUCGAAAUAGCGGUCUUAGGUACAGAGGUCCGAGACCGCACAAGCCAAAGAUGUUACACGCUCUACGUAGAGGAGCUUCCGUGUUACGUGUAUCAAUGCCGAAGAUCAAGGAUGUGAACGUGAUAGACAAGUACUCGCGGAUCAUCUUCCCAGUCAGCUUCAUGCUGUUUAAUGCCGUGUACUGGAUCUUCUACUUUUUCUGAGCGGCGAACGGAUAUUAAAAACUGAAUCCUGCUCGGCCUCGUAUACGCCUAAAAAGGACCAAUCGAUUCGGGAGGAUCCUUUCAAAUCUUCUUUAGCAUGACCAUCGAACUAUGUGCAAUAUUUUUCACGGGGAUGAAGGUCCACCGAAUACUAGCAGGUGAUGAAAGUACUGAAUCGAAAGUACUGCCACGAAACAUUUAUCGAUAAAAAUAGAACGGAGGACUCGUGUGUGCCAACAGAGAUUUACGAGAUUUUCGUUAAUUAGAAAGUAUAUAAUAUAUACAUAUAUAACGAUAUAUAAGCAAUACAGACGAGCGACAAUAUGUUCCUAAUGAAGCAUGAUAACUUUGUCAUGUUCGUACAAGAAGGGUCAAUAGGCAAACGACAAAAU